ACAGUUCAGUUUAAUACGUCACAUAUUUCGGCUAAAUUAUUUUAUUAGGAACCAUGCAGCUAAAACGUUUCAUUAGUUCUUUUUGCACAUUCUUUUUAAUAAAUAUUAGCAAUGCGGCUUGGAACACGAAAGAUUUUAUGAAACGAGAGCAUUCAUUAAUAAAACCUUAUUAUGGUUCCGGAAUAGAUAUACCGUUCUGGCAGUUCACCGGAAGUACAAUAGUUACUCCAAAUCACAUCAGGCUCACUGAUGAUUACCAAAGUAGGAGAGGAGCAAUUUGGAACUCAGUGCCGGUGGGUGUGCCUAAUUGGGAUUUACAAGUGCAAUUUAAAGUACAUGGUAAAGGUAAGGACCUCUUUGGAGAUGGAUUUGCCAUUUGGUAUGCAAAAGAACCCAUGGUGGACGGUACAGUCUUUGGUAGCAAGGACUAUUUCCAAGGUUUAGCUGUGAUAUUGGACACAUACAGUAAUCAUAAUGGGCCACAUAAUCAUCAACAUCCAUACAUUUCUGCCAUGAUAAACAAUGGUUCUCUGCACUAUGACCAUGACAGAGAUGGAACACAUACUCAAAUUGCAGGUUGUGAGGCCAAAUUCCGUAAUCUCGACCAUGACACUCAUAUAUCAAUCAGAUAUGAAGGAGAUGUUUUAACAGUAUCUACCGAUAUUGAAAAUAAAGCAGCCUGGAAGGAGUGUUUUCAAGUUAAAGGCGUCAAACUACCAACUGGCUAUUUUAUUGGACUUUCAGCCACCACUGGAGACUUAUCUGACAAUCAUGAUAUUAUGUCUGUUAGACUAUUUGAACUAGACUCCCCUGAAGAUCAAAAUCAGGAAGAUAGGUCUAAUAUUGUGCCAUCAGCAUCAUUCUUUGAACCUCCAAGGGACCAUGUGGAUGAUCCUAAACCUUCCUCUCUCUCUGGAAUCAAGAUUUUCUUGUUAAUGCUACUGGGAAGUAUUGCAGUUGUAGCUUGUGUAGUUAUAGGUAUUAUGUUCUAUCAAAAGCACCAAGAGAAAAAUAGGAAAAGGUUUUAUUAAUCUUAAAUACCAUUUCUUUGUUGAAGACUGCUUUUGGGUUGGUUUUUUAUGUGUAUAUAUGAUUUGACUGAGAUAGGAUUAUUAAUUUAACAUCUAUUUUGUGGUGAUCUAGUGAAAUGUUUCAAUAUUUUAGUCAUUAGUUUAGUUCGCAUUUUAAUUUAAAAUAUUCAAAUCAUAUUCCGAUUUUCAGUUUUAACAUUGAGAAUUUAUUAUGUAAAUAUAUUUAAAUUCCACCAAUUUACUUUUAUCUGCCAUCAUUGAUACUAUAACGUAAUGUUAUUAUGACAGGUGCAAAUUUUGAUUUAAUUUUAUAAAUUUGUGUUAUCAUCAAAGUUUGCAUCUAACAAUUUGGAUCACAUUUUAUUUAGAAUUUCUAACUUUUAUACAAGUCCAAGUAAAAUAUUGAACUGUUUUUGAAUCGAAAAUAAAGGUUUCAAAUGAAA